UCAGCUGGAAGCAAGCCAUCACAAGAAGCUGCAAGAAAUGUCGGCAAGACCAAACUUUACCUGGUAGCUUUUAAAUGAAAGCAAUGUAACCUUUCAUUCAUGGGCCUUGGCUUUCGAGCCUGUCUUCUCACUGUUCGCUGUGUCUACUGUAGCUCUUUUCGGCUUGCAUUAGCAGAAAUGGGGGAAGCGAACAUUGGGCUCAAGCCAAUAGACGCGGAAGAAUUUCGCAAGCAUGCUCACGAGAUGGUGGACUUCAUUGCAGAUUAUUACCGUGAUAUUGAGAGCUUUCCCGUUCGCAGUCAAGUCUCUCCUGGAUACUUGAAAACUUUGUUGCCUGCGGCUGCGCCUGAAGAUCCCGAAACGCUGGAGGAGGUUUUUGCCGAUAUUCAGAGCAAGAUAAUUCCGGGAGUCACACACUGGCAAAGUCCGAAUUUUUUCGGAUAUUAUCCGUCCAACAGUAGCACGGCAGGGCUCUUGGGGGAAAUGUUAAGUGCUGGAUUGAACAUUGUUGGAUUUAGCUGGAUAACUUCGCCGGCGGCGACAGAGCUGGAGACCAUUGUUCUUGACUGGCUUGCAAAGCUGUUGAAACUUCCCGACGAGUUUCUAUUUGGAGGUAUGGUGGAAAUUUUAGAUUAUAAGAUCAUUAUUCUUACACUUUACAAUGCAGGUAAUGGCGGCGGAGUGAUUCAAGGGACUGCUAGUGAGGCAGUUGCUGUGGUGCUACUCGCUGCUCGAACUCGAGCCAUUUCAGAAAACAAGAGAAAAGGGUUGUCGGAAGCGGAGAUUCUUUCAAAGCUGGCGGUGUAUACGUCAGAUCAAACUCAUUCCUGUCUGCAAAAAGGAUGUGUGAUUGCUGGGAUUCCUCUUGAAAAUCUAGUGACUGUUCCAACUGAUAUCUCAACAAACUAUGCAGUAUCACCAGCUGCGAUGAGACAAGCACUUGAGGAUGGCGUCAAGCAGGGACUUUUGCCAUUCUUCCUUUGCGGGACUGUGGGAACUACAUCAUCUUCGGCCGUGGAUCCAUUGUCUGCUUUAGGAGAUAUUGCAAAGGAUUUUGGAAUGUGGUUCCACGUUGACGCUGCCUACGCUGGCUCUGCGUGCAUCUGCCCAGAGUUUCGGCAUCACCUGGAUGGAGUUGAGAAAGCAGAUUCGUUUAACAUGAACGCACAUAAGUGGCUGCUUACAAACUUCGAUUGUUCUGCUCUUUGGGUGAAGGAAUCCAGCCAUCUGGUGUCAGCUCUUUCUACAACACCUGAGUUCUUGCGUAACAAGGCAUCUGAUUUAAAUCAAGUUGUCGACUACAAAGACUGGCAGAUACCUCUCGGCAGAAGAUUCAGGUCGUUGAAGCUGUGGUUUGUCAUGCGCAUGAAUGGCGCUUCUGGAUUACGGAGCUACAUAAGGAACCAUGUCUGCCUUGCAAAGCGCUUCGAAGGCUUCGUGCGUGAAGACCCACGCUUCCAACUUCUAGUUCCUCGCACAUUCGGCUUGAUUUGCUUCAGGCUAAAGCCAGAAAGCGAUGAUCCGGACAACGGACGCACUCUAAACUCGACGCUUCUGGAGGCUCUCAAUUCCAGCGGAAGAAUGUUUAUCACUCACACGGUGCUCUCGGGCGUCUACACGCUGAGGAUGGCCAUCGGCGCUCCACUCACGCAAGACAAGCACGUAGAUGCUGCGUGGAAGCUCAUCCAAGAAGAAGCCACCACCCUCUUUGAGAUAAACUUGGUUAAGGGCCCUUCGCAUAUUCUUGCGAAUAAUCUUUGUUCCAAGAAUUUAAACACUUAGUUUAGGGUUUAGGUGCUUCGGAUAUGCUUGCGAAUAAUCUUUGGCUUUGGUAUAUUCUUUGAUAUUUGGA